AUGACACAUCAUCAUUACCAUCCCCAAGAUCACCACGUCUUUCAACCAUACUAUCAUCAGCAGCAUGCUGCUCCUCCCGCCAUGUGGCCUACAAUGAUGUCUCCACCACAAACUUUACCGCCACCCGCUGCACUACCACCGGUUAUGGUUCCUAAGCCAAAGCUUACUACCACUGUUUGGGAAGAUCAAUGCACUCUAUGCUAUCAGGUGGAUGUAAAUAGCGUUUGUGUCACCCGCCGUCAAGACAAUGACAUGAUCAAUGGUACAAAGCUGCUCAAUGUCGUGGGCAUGUCCCGUGGCAAGCGUGAUGGAAUCCUCAAGAAUGAAAAAGGUCGUCUCGUGGUUCGUGUUGGUGCUAUGCAUCUUAAAGGCGUUUGGAUUACAUACCAACGUGCCAAGGACUUGGCUCUCAAAUACAAGAUCAUGGAUCUAGUGUAUCCGUUAUUUGCCGAAGAUCCCUCCGAAUUCCUUUCGUCAACCAACAACAACAACAACAACUCAUCAAACAACAAUUCAUCCUCAUCAUCAUGUUCAUCCUUGACAUCCUCGGCUGCUUCAGAAACUGAAGCAACAUCGUCAACAGCUACCACCCCAAAAUCAACCAAUGAAUACCUUCCCUGGCAAUCAUCAUCAACUAUGGUACCACCUCCACCACCACCAGCAACAACAACAGCCUCUCAUUGGGACUACUUGGCUGCUCCUCAAGAGCAUGGCUUUGUUGAAGCAACACAAUAUGAUCCAUGGUUCACUUCCGAUUGCACAUCUUACUCAGCUAGUAUGCAGCAUGAUAUUUUAUCUAGCAGCAGCAAGCGAAAGUGGGAUGAUGAUUUCGAAGGUGACGAUGAUGACGAUUUACUUGAUAAUCCUAACAAGCGAUUCCGUACUUUUGUUGCUGACGAUGUGUACUCAUAUUAG